UCAAUGAGAGAACAAACCUGCAAAAUACCUAAUUUAAAAGAUGAAAUUAUAGGAGAACAAUAUUUUUUUAAACCAAGAAAAAUUAAAAUAGACUGGAAAAAAAUUGCUUCUAUUGAUUUUGACACAUUUUCGCCAGAUAAGGAUUUUGACAAAGUUCAACAAAAUAUUUUUAAUAUAACUUAUUGUGAUAUUGAAAAUGAAUUUGGUACCACAAAUUUGAAUGUUAAUUUUAUUAAAUUGUUCAAAAUAUCACAAUACACUAUUGAGUAUCUCUUGUUUACCCAGGAUAGACUAUUAAAAAAAAUAAAUCUUAUACAUGAAAGAUUUGAAGAAUUAUAUAAAAAUGCCUUAUAUCAGAAAAAAACCUUAAUAUCAACUAAGGAUAGGUUGUUUAAUGCAAGAAGGGAAAUAAAAAAGCAACAACAAAUCAUUAAAUCAUAUAAAGAAAUAUUUGUAUUAUGUGGAAUAAACAAAAAGGAUAUUAAUGGAUUAAUUCAUCAAUGCCCUUAUUGUACAAAAGCAUUUGUUUCUGAUGAUUUUUUAACAUCUCAUUUAGAAAGAAGGCAUUUUAAUAGGCAUAGUAGCAAAAUAUUACCUAAGGAAAUUAAAAAGGAUAAACAUGAUUUUGGAAUAGAUGAAUCAGAGGAUGAUAAUAUAAAGCUACUUAAAAAUAAAGAUAAUUUGAAUUCUAACCCUUCCAUUAGUCCUCAGGAUAAAUCUAUGACUUCCCUAAAAGAUAUUAGAGUUUCGGAGGAAAAUACUUUAAAUGCUAUAAAUCAACUGUGCCAAUUACAGGAAGUCAAAUAUUUGAAGGAAAUGAAAUAUUUUAAAGACAACUUGAAUCUCCAAAUGAAAUAUGUAGCCGACAAUGUCAUUGAUCUAGUACAGGACAAAUUAACUACAAAGAGUUUUAUACCAAAUGAAAAUUAUCAGGGUAGCCUUACAACAACCUUUAAUCCCAAUAAAAGCCCUAAAAACAAUAAAUCUAUAUUAUCUACCCAGUUUUCUAAAAGACAUUCCUUAAAAUCUAAUAAAUCAUUGAAAGAUCUUAAUAUACAAAAUAUAGGAGAUAUCAAAGAUAGAGAAAAUACAGCUAAAAUGAUAAAGAUAGCUUCAAAGGACAUGGAUAUCAACAAUGAAAUUCAGCUGGAUGCAUUAAAACCUGAUGUGAUAUUUAGAGGAGAUAAAAAAGAAAGCAUUACCAAUGCUAACAAUAUCGUUGCCAAAGAAAAAUUUAACAAUUUAGACGCACAACUAACGCAAUUAGAGUCUUCGUAUAAUGAAAAAUUGCUUCAACAACAGAGAGAAUGGGAAAAAAGAAUGGACCGUUUGGAGGAAAUUUACCGCAAGAAGCUAAAUGAUGGAACCCCUAAACACACACAAGAAGAUUCAAGUGCUAAAAAAGUAGGUAGACAAAGUAGUUAUUCCUCCGAAACUUCUAGUGAUGACCUAUCGAACACAAGAUUUUUAUCAAAUUCUAAGUCGAAUAGGACAUCCUCUAUAAUUACUUCUACCCCUAAAUCUUUACCCGCAAAAACAAUUACCACCCCAAAACAUCAUCAUAAAAAUGAUGAGAAUUCGAAGGAUGUGGAAAUGGUAAAAUUCGAUAAAACUAUCGUUAAAGACCCGAAUUGGCUUAUAAACCCUCUUUUACGAUAUUUGAAUCCAUCGCAUCGAAAUUAUGCUUAUAGAUUGUCGUACCAGGGACCUUCCUUGGUGCAGGAAUAUAUGGAGAGAGUUAGGCCUAAGAUUAUGAAAUCUGUGGCAAAUCAGAUGAAGCAUUAUGGAAUAGAUGAAAAAUCUCAAAUUAACAAUGAGGAGUUCAAUCAAUUAUCAAACAGAUUAGUCAGAACAGAAAAUAAGCUUAAACAGGCGUACCCGAAAUUCAUGGAUAUCAAAUCUCGCAUCACAAAAAUGUUGGAACACCCUUCUAGUUCCCAUCAACCAGGCAUGAAAUUAAAACAUUCACCCAAAGUAAUUCAAUCAUCAACUACUAGCUCCGAUGACGAAUAUUCCACAUAUACUGCCUCGAGCUAUUCCGCCUCUUCCGGUGAUAACAAAUCUAUCAAAUCCCAAAAUGUACCUAGCCGUAUUGAUGACACAAGGAAAGUUGUAAAAUUUCAGGACAGCAUUGCUGAGCCUAUCAGAAAUAAACUUCAACCUAGAGACGCUAUAGUCAAAGAUGAUAAUUUGCCUUUAGAUCUUAAGACUUUUCUUAACGAUGAAUCGACACCUGUCAAGACUAAAAAAGGUGGAGAUAAAUUGAAUCGCGAUAACAGUGCAUCUGAUACCAAUUCCCUAAGCACCAAGACAUCAUUUUCUUCAUCAUCCUCUUCUUCACUUUCUAUCGUUACAACAGGACCCCCUAAACACGCAAAUACAAAUUUAGGAGAAGCUGAAAAGAAAAAUAUUGAAAAGGAAACCAAAACUUCUAGUCAAUCUUCGCUUUCUGAAAGAGUGGAUGAAGUGAGGGAUGUAAAAGGUGGUUUUAACAAAACUAACCAUCACAAAGAUCACAUCCCUGCCAAAGAUUCGAGUAAACCUUCUUUAGGAACAGAUAGGGGUCGAGAAGAACUUGCAGUCAAUGAGAAAAUGACUCCUCCGAAGCAAAUACCGUUCACAUUUAGCCCUCCAAAACAAUCUGUGGCAUCUGGCGAUACUGAAGAAUCAGAUACAAGUAGUUCAAUAUUAAAUCCAGUACCUUCCAAUUUUUAUAAAGCGAAAGAAUUCCCUAGAAAUUUGUCAAUCAGUCCCAUUAAAACUUGACCAUUUGAUUUCAAAGCUACUACUCAAUAUAUGAAGCCUACCGUAAAUUAUAUAUGAAAUCAUAUUGACAAUUUUUUUGAAUAGUGUAAUUGUUCUUUUUAUAAUAUUCAUUUUGUAUUUAAUGUUAAGAAUGAAAUUUAUUAAAUCAUAUUUUUAAUAAUUAUUUUAUGCUAUCUAUAUAUCACUACUUUUAACUUCAGGUAUUUUUUUUUAUCAAAUC